GUGGUAAACUAAAAACUGACAUUAUAGGAGGAUGCCGUUGCGGAGAAUGCACAUAGUUUUUUAUUAGUUUUACUUGAAGGCAAUGAUCUGCUUUCUUCUAGAGUAACCAAAGCAAACUAGGAGAGCAGGCUACGUGUUAUAUAAUUAUCUUCCUCAGUUGACACAUUCUUUAUGGUUCACUAACUCAUACAAGAAAAUGUCUCUAUUUGCAUCGACGAGGAUAUCGCAGAUUUGAUGUCUUGAGGAGUUGACCUUUCAUAUGCUGUCUUUUGUGACAAUAGCUCAAUCUUAAUUCAUUCUGUCGACCUGGUCAUGGGAACCAGAACUUCAUUCAUUGGCAUCCGUCGAAGCAAGUCGGCGUUGUGAUAUUUCAUUCAUGCAUUUUCCAUACUCGAUUGAACAUUUAUGAGAAUAUUAUGAAUGAAAUCGGAUAUGUGCUGCUCAGCUAACAAUUUCAGGUGCUGGGAGUGGGGUUUGGAUCGGAGGGCAGAGAGGCGCGGGCGGCCGGGGUGUCGGCCAUGGCUAGCAUUUGUUGCUCCAACGCACCUGCAUCUGACAUUUGUACUGCUCUUCUUUGUAAUGUCCAACUCAAUAGACCCGGUAAACGCGUGUUGCGUCGGUGAUUCAGGACCUUUAUCAGACUGUUCGUUUACACGUGUAAACUCAGAAUUAAGGGAGAAUGUGACCUGUACUCUGAAAGAUUUCAGAAGACGUGACUCCGAAGGUUGUACUCACAAUCAUUGGACCGAGAAAAAUGAUGAGAUACCGGGGAACGUCCAUGGCCUGAAGGUCGAAUACUAUCUCACCCAGUGUAAUCGGUCCCUACGAGAGGAGCGAGGCCAGAAGUCAGAUCGUUGUCCGUCCAGCUGCAAUGCCAACAAUGGAUUAUCAUACAUUGCGAUAAACAUCACCUUCAAACUUGACUAUACGUCUGCAAGCAAAGUAGAGGCUAUUGAAAUUGAACUGCGGGGACUGGAUGGAGACUCCCAUGGCAGAAAACAAUGGUGCGUGCUUUACGAGUACGGGCGAGGAAACGUACAAUACGACGACGCCACAAAUCGUUUGUUUUACUACGAUGGCUUUAUUGGGCUCGUUCCUGGAUUCGAAUAUGAAGUCGCUGUACGAGGCUUACCAACAGCGGAUUUGGAUCAAAGGACGUGGGUCAAAAAGAAGUUCAGAACUCGACCGUGUUGGAGUCCUUUUCUUACAUGGCACGGUACCCCAUUUGCUGCCAACUUUACCAUGAUCUUGAAUAACCAUGCUGAUUACAAGAAAGAUAUUGACGAAUAUAAUGUUUCCCUCCACACAUCAUCAGAUCAAGCUCUCUCCUAUGAAAUAAUACAGAAUAAUCAGGAUAAGACAGAAAUUGUGUUUGAAUGCCUGGAACCGGGACCAUACGUCAUAAAGAUCCAGGCCAGGGGGACGUGCAAGUCGUGUGUACCUUACAAAAAAUCAUUUAAUGUUAGCAGUGAGAAACCUCAAGUCACGGUAUGUCCAGAAAAUAUAACGCGGUACACAGAAAUUCGAGGUAACACAAGCGUUACAUGGCCAGCCCCACUUGCCAUUUCCCCUUGCGAAGAUCUUGCCAGCAUUAACAGCUCACAGUCACAUCACUCUGGAGAUAUCUUCGAAGAGGGAACCACCACUGAAGUCCGGUAUGAAUUCUGGCAAUACAACCAAGAAGAAAGAGCCGUUUGUUCCUUUUACAUCAAAGUUUUAAGUGACACAGAACCUCCAGUUGUGACAUGUUCAAACGUUACCCUCCCAUCCGAAUCACCUAACUUCUUCAGUGGCCUGGUAGAAGGGGAAUCCUACACGUAUGACGACAACAACCCUGACCCAGAUGGGGUAUCGUACAACUUCACCAAAGACAUGGACCUGAUGGAAGGUGUUACUGGAACUAUUAUCCCACCGGGCGAAACACAUGUGACUCUCGUUGCAAAGGAUACCUUUGGUAACACAGCCACCUGUGUCUUCUACGUAAAGAAUGCUUUGGCUGAGCUCCCGGUCAAUUGUCCACAUCUAGAAGAUACAGCAAUCACCGACCCGGGCAGGAAUACUUAUACCUUCGAUCCAAAUAUUGGAGAAAGCAACAUCACAAAAUCUCUUCCCGGGUAUAUAUAUUACGGGGAUAAGCACCGGGUAGCAUUGGAUAUGACACUAGGAGGUUUUCCGGUUGGAAGUAAUGUACCCAUAGGAUCCCAUGAGAUGGUUGUUCUCAUACGUGAUGAAGUCCUGACCAAGACGUGCAGAAGCAUCUGCACUGUUAAGGAAAGGCCAAAGUCAAAUGGCUCUGUACCGGUCCCCAUUAUUGUGGGCUCUGUUCUUGGAUUUGCUCUGGCUCUCCUUGUUUUCUUCAUCGUCAAUAAUUGCUGUCAAAAGGUACCGGGUAGAUCCAGACUUGAGACUUGCAAAGAAAGGUUUAGACUCGUCAUGGCAGAAAAACAUGAAGAGAAUGAAACACAAUUCUCUCGGCCUCAGCAGGAUACAGGCAUUGAUCUUCAACUCAUCAAGGACGCCCCCAGUGUCAAUUCAUCUUCUACUAACAUCAAAGAUCUAGUGAUGGUUUGGUUUAAACAGCAUGAAGAUCAAACCGACUCAGGAUGUGGUACGAGCCUCGAUCCAAGAGCUCAUGAAAACAUGCAGGACGACUCCAAUCCUCUGCACGGGUCUGAAGGAAAGAAGAUGCUUAAAUGCGAGGUUCAUCUUGAUUCAGGAGUUGAUAUCGACUCGAGUGGGAACUUUAGACAUGAUAAAGGAUACGGGAGUGUCGAUGGCAUUAGAGAAGCGAGUGCAGGCACUUGUUCGCCAUUAAUGAACCAUCAAGAUGCACCUUUAUAGCCGAUUCAGAUAUCUUCGACAAAAUCUUGCCUAUCUACGAGCAAUUGUGAAGGCACUUGUUGGUUGCAAAUCUAAGUAACCUUGUCAGCUUACUUAAAUCUCCGUCUGUUCUUGGCACAUGUGAUUGCCGACUUCAUUGCUCUACAAGCAUAUGCCUGGUAAUUGAGGAACCAAGAACCCUCGAAUGUGACAUCAACUCGUGACAAGUACGUGUGAUAACUUGAACUAAGGAGAAGUCGUUUCUCGAUUAAGUCGGUCACUUUGUGUAAAGUCAGAACAGUGUCUCUCGCGCGGGAAUCCGCAAGCGGCCUGUCAUAAAGAAUUCUCACAAUUCAUCAUAGACAAGAAUUUGGGGAAUGCAAGAAAGCCGCUGUAAAAAGACGCAUAAUGCCUUCAUAUGAAUGAAGAUUACUUUCGACUAGGUGCCACAGACCAUGUAGACCCUAAAGGCCUAAGCUGAAAAAAUUCUCUUUGUCAAUGGGUCACACUGUGUUAGGAAUUCUAUUGUAUCGAUACGGGGAGCGCAUGAUGUAGGUGCCGCACCAAUGUAAAUUAUUUCUACAUGUUUUUCUUUCCUCAGGCAAACAAGAUAGCACGUAGUAAUAAGUGAGAAUUUUUAAUAGAGUGAAAUCUUCAACUGAGCAAUGAUCGACAAGCGUCGGGUAAAAUAAGUAUUAAUUGGUUAAUUAGUAGCAAAAAUCAGUAGACAGGUAGCGGAAAGAUUGUUCGUUUACAUGCUGGAUAUCUGAAAGACCAUUGGAAUAAAAUUGAAAUACCUUGGGCAGAUUACUGAAGGAUUAGUCUAAGUUGAGCCAGAAAAGACAUAUUAGUGUUUCAAAGUUCGUUUGGGUAUUUGUCAGUCUUUCGGAGUUCUUCCAGUGGCCUCCCUCAGUCUUUAGUUGACCUUGACUGAUAAUUGAUCUCUGGCAAUAUGCCAGAUGAUCUUUCAGUGAUUACUCAAUAGUCUUCUCUGUAAACUCUCAGUCCUCUUCAAGGUCCUCAGGUGUCAUUACUGGAAGUUUUGUUUUUAGUCUUCAGAGGUGUGCUGAGUCAUUUGACUAUGUUCACAGAGACAACAUAUUCCAUUGAUCUUGGACACUG